AUGCUGACUUGCAGCACAGGUGAUAUGUGGAGGUGGUCGGUGCUCCUCUUGCUGUCGGUCGCGGCUGCACAGCGCGCGGCGCUGGUGGAUCGGUCCAAGCUGCCUCUGCACACCAAAGGCCGCUACAUCGUCAACGUCAACAACGAGCGCGUAAAAUGGGCCUGCAUCAACUGGGCAGGUGCCUACUCCAGACCAGCGGUUGUUGGAGGUCUUGAAGUGCAGGACCUUUCGAAGCUGGCAGGAAGAAUUCGCGAGUUGGGCUUCAACUGCGUGCGAUUGUGCUACAGCACUGAGAAUCAUUUGUCGAAUCCCUUGGUUAACGAUGAGGACGUCGCUGCAAACCCGGAUCUCAAAGGAAAGCGCUUUCUCUAUAUCUUUCAAAGGACAGUUCAGGCCCUCACCAACGAAGGUCUUAUGGUGAUCCUGAACAAUCACAUCUCCAAGUCAGGAUGGUGUUGCAAUGUGAAGCAGGAUGAGGGCUUCUGGUACACUGACCUUUACCCUGAGAAGUUCUGGCUUGAAAGCCUUGUCGGGAUGACCACGCUCUUCCGGAACAACAGCCUCGUUGUGGCCUUCGACAUUCGGAAUGAGCCACAUGAUAUCCCAGGUCGCCAGAUGACAUGGGGCACGGAUGAUGCAGCAGACUGGAAAGCUGCAGCUGAGAGAGCAGGCAAUGCCAUAUUGGAUGUGAAUCCCAACCUGCUGAUCGUCGUGAGUGCUCUAUGCUUCUGCAUGGACUUGAGACCUGUGAAGCAGUACCCGAUCCAGUUUUCUGUGGCGAACCGCCUGGUCUAUGAAACUCACAACUACAUUGAGUUUCAAGUGGCCACUCUUGCCUCCAAUAACUUCUUCUCGUGGGCCAAAGUGCACGAGAAUACUGCCUGGAUUUUGGGGACCCUCGUCAUCCUGGAUCUGGCUUGCAUGUGGACUUGGUACAGGAUGGGCCAGCCAUGGCCGCGCAAGUCGACGCUCUUGGCGCUCGUGUCGGGUUGGGCCUCCUUUUUCAUGGCAGUCCUGGCAGGAGUCUGCUUCUUUGGCUACUACUUCUACACGAUGUACUGCUCCUACGUGGCAAAAAACUACUUCCUUCCCUGGGGAAUUGCCUUGUCAGCCGGCUGCUUGUUGCUGCUGCUUCUUGGGGCCUGGGCCGCUUGUAUCGGGCUGAGGAUCCAGACUAGUGAGAACUGUGGUGUGGUGCCCGAGGUUUGCGAAGACGUCUGCAUUGGUGAUAGUUGUGACGAGGACGAGAAAAGCUUGUCGUCAGACUUCAGCGACUUUGCAGUGGACUACCCGGGAGUGCGCAAGGACCGGAUUCCUGGCUUUGCCCGGGAGCCAGGCUUCGCCUCGCUGAGCCUCGCGAAGGAGUACUGCCUGGGCCGCAAGCGGCACCUACCGCCACCCUCACCGCCCCACUGGGACUGCGGGAUGCUCCUCUUUCUGCAGAUCUUUAUGUUCCUCUCAGUUUGCACGCUUUUAGCGUCGGUCCUCCUCGUGUUCUCCCACUUGGCGGACACCUUCUGGUACGUGAGGUUCGUCUUCGACACGAAGUGGGGCUUUGCCCUGGCAGAAGGCUUUCCUUACACUGCUCCGGUCUGGAUGGGUGAGUUCGGCCAGCAGGUCCGUGGAAGCUACUGGCUCAACAUGCUAAGAUACUUGGCAGAGAGGGACAUUGACUUCGCAUACUGGCCCUUAAAUGGCAAGAAGUACUCCGAAGGAUACUUCUCCAGCUCCGGGGGCUUCGUCUACUGGGACCAGCCGCGCUGGGAAGACGAGUCGUUCGGCUUGCUAAUGAACGAUUCGUGGAGCGUGCGACACACGUGGAAGCUCCUGGAUAUUCAGGCAUUGAUGGACUCACCCGUGAAAUGGACGCCCCAGGAUUAUCCGUGCAUCCGCCAGCAGCUGGGCAGUGCCUGCGGCUACUGA